CCUUUCUCUUUUUUCUUAUUUUAUUUUAUUUUAUUUUAUUCUUAUUAUUUAUGCUUGUUUUGUGUGCUCAUGCCAAGUGGUAAUCCCAAAAAGACUCUUCCAUGUGAAGGUUGUCGAGAAAGAAAGAAAAAGUGCUCCGGUACUUAUCCUUGUGUCAGAUGUCAACGCUUGGAUAUCAAAUGUGUCUAUUUACGUCCUACAUUACCUCCCGAUCAUGCUUAUGUGAAUUUACUACAAGAACAAGAAUUAGCUGUACAAGUGGAUACAUUGGAAUCUACAAUGGUAUCAAUGGAAAAACUUUUGAAUCAAUUACGCCAUGCCAAUCAAGGUGUCAUUCAACAACGGACGCUUCGAAACGAAGCUUACCCAUCUACCAUCACAAACAACAAUGAUCAACAACCAUCAUUCAAUUGGCAAAUCAUUUUAGGCAAACAAGGUGUCACUAUCAAUACCAAUAUCCGGUCUUAUGCUGAUUUAUUAGAACAAAUUCAAGUAUGGCAGCGGACAUGUCACUCGCUUGCUACUCCAACUUUAAUACGAUCACCUUCUCCGUUUUCUCCUAAAGAAAUGACCUUACGUCGACAACUUCCUCUUUGGCUCUUACGUCGUGGUCACUUUAUUGCUAUUACAACGUGUGUCAUGGUUCAACGAUCUAAAUCCGAUAGUACACUCUGUGAAUCAUUACCAACACCACCACUGCCAACAUUACUUCAUAAACAUCUCGAUCAUCAUCAUCAUCAUCAUCAUGAACGACAGUUAUCAUCAAACCGUUACGAUCACCAACAUCAACAAUAUCAAGAUGAAAUAUUUCUUUCUCCUCCUCUUUCUACAUCAUCAACUUCGUCAUUCUCAUCAUCACAAUCAUCAACGAUUACAACAGCAAUAGAUAGUGAGAUUCUGACGGAUCAACUCUCUCGCAAUAUCUUGGAUACGUUUUUUGAUUGUUACCUUGUACGCAACAUCUUUUUACAUCGAUCUACUUUUUAUCAUCUCUUUGUGGAUACUUCAACAUCAUCAAUAUUGAACGAUGGCUAUGUGAAUCAUCCUUCCUCCCUUUUUGAUUCUCCUGUGAUUUGUGCGGUAUGUGCUGUGGCAUUGACUGUUCGAUGUCGCCAUAUGCUUCCUCUGAUACCUUAUCAAGAACAUGCAACAAUGGCAAACAGAUAUUUUUGUCAUGCUCGUGAUUUAGUUUGUUUCGAUGAACCUACAUUGGAAUCCUUCAUCACCUUAACGUUUUUGGCCUUGUACAAACAGUUGACAUAUUGUGUGGAUGAAGCUUCAUUUUAUUUGGACCUAGCCUUUCGAACAAGAUGUAUCCUUUUUGGCGGCAACAAAGAUAAUAAUCACCUUUAUAAUGAAGUCUUACAAAGUACAACAGGAGACGACAAGCUACGGCGAGGGCUGGAUGAGAUGAUCAAACGAUUGCACUGGGCAUUAUGGGAAGUAUAUACCUCCUUGGAGUAUUACAGCAAUCUUCGUGGAGUUCCAAAGUCAACCAAGACGUCGUCAGUAUCCAUCACCAGAAAGGAUCAUCCAAUUGCGAGACUAAUGCAAGGGCGAAAAACAGAUUAUAUACGACAUCCAUUACCUGAUGAACCAGCGAUUAUCCAACGAUCAAUACAACAUGCUUAUUAUCAAACUGAAAUGAUGGCAACGCAGGGUUCCUUUUUACGACAUGUUCGCUUCGGUAACAAGGACACGAUUGAUUUGAAAUAUUUGGCGGAAACGGAAUAUCGGUUCAAUCAAUUUUAUCAGCACUUACCAACAGAUUAUCGCAUGGACCCCAACUUGUUAUUAGAAUACAAUCGGUUGUUUGAUGAUGGUACUUUUCGUGAAAAAUUGAACGUCAUUUGGAAUACUGGGGUACGAUCAGGUGAAGAUACUAUUAUGGAUGAUACCAAAGUGGCGGCUUUGAACAUGACAAUACAAUAUUAUCAAGGUAUCAUUUCUAUGUACGAACCUUUCUUACCUGAUUUAUGUGAUCGACGACGGGCACAAAAGGCGGGAUUACUCAAAGAUGAUGGUGACACACCUUCCAUUGAUGGAUCAAUGACUACAACUGAUGGAUCAACAUCGAUUACGACUGAUAAUGAUGAUAUCGUUAUUGAACCUACACCUCAUGAACGCCUCGCUCAAGAAAAAUGUACAGAUGCAGCAACGAUGAUAGUAAAGUUAUUGGAUUAUCAACGAAGUUUAUCAAAUCAUUGUGCUGUUAAUAUUCACAUUUUGUUAACGGCGUGGGAUAUCCAUAUGCGGAACGCUUGUAUUGGCAUGACCUUACCACCUCUUACUUCAACAGUAUCCAAUGAUGAAAAAAUAUAUUUUGGUUGUCUGACUUUAUCAAGUAUUCAUCAAGCACGACAAUAUCUCUUACAAUGUUUAUCUAUUUUACGUGAAGGUUAUCUAUUCAAUUUUGCUGAACAUGCCAUGUGGAGAUAUUAUGAACAUUUGGAACAUCAAUUAUUAUACUCGAUGAUGACUUCUCCUCCUUCUGCUGCUUUCUGGAUACCCUUUGGAAUAUAGUUUAGUAAUAGCUUUUUUUUUUUUUUUUUAUUAAACUAGUUUCUCCC